AUGAGGUACAAUUUAACCAGAACUAACUCAGACGCAGUGGAUGUCGUUAUUCCCGGCGAGUUAGCAGUCCAAUGUCUGAGGGAAAUGCCGUUCGAUAAAGAACGAGCCGUCGCAUUUGUUAAGGAAUAUCGCAAGUACUUGCAGUACCAAUCUACCAUCGAGAUUCUCCCCAACCCUCCCGCAAACUAUCCCAUGCCACCAACGGAUCUUUUGGGAGGCCUCGAUGAUAUCCAGAAGAAGGCCAAGACUGGCUUAUACAACAAUCAGUUUGACUUCGACACGGCAAUAUCGGAUCUACUCAAGUCAGCCUACGAUGGUCAUCUGGGCGCGAGUUUAUGUUCGCAACAGUAUUUUGUGUUCGAAAACGACACGCCUUUGGUGUCCGUAUCCUCGAACGGCACUGCACUACCCCAGGUUUACACUUACAGCGAUGCUUUGCAGCUACACUCCCAGUCCUCGGUUUCUCCUAUAGCUUCGAUCAAUGGGGCCGACGUGACCGAUUAUUUGCUUAGCCUCGGAACAGGAUCACAGGAUUGGGAUGCAUUAUACAACGCCCAGUUCAAGUCACUUGCACUGAGUCUCAACGUCCAUGGGCGCAGCAACUCGUUGCAAGGUCGGUUCACGAACGGUACCUGGAGUGGUGCAUACCACAUGCUUCGUUUUGCAAAUGGCUCGAAUUCAGUCGUUGAAACCACCACGACAGUCAAGAAUUUUCCCUUCGAGAAUGGCACCUCGUUUUGGGAAAACGUGUGCCUCCCAAAAAAUACCUCGAACGCAACACCCAAGAUUCUCACUUCAACCCCGAAUUUGGGGGCGCCUGCUGGCUAUCCCAAGCCAACCAUCAGAGAAGGGGCCAACCGCAUCAUGGGGUUCCUACCUGAUAGCAAGGGACUCGAGGAUGUAGCUGUUCUCGCCGUGCCUACCUUUGCGGAAUCGCUCGAAAAGGUACCGAUUCUCAAUGGCGCAGCUGAUUUCGCCAAGAUUGCUCGCGACUUCAUCCACAACGCGACCUCUGCAGGGAAAAAGAAGAUGAUCAUUGAUCUUUGCGGUAAUGGAGGUGGCUCGGUAUACUCCGGAAUGAACCUUUUCAGACUGUUCUUCCCCAACAAGGAUAUCUACUCGGCUGGGCGGUGGCGAGCCCAUGAGAGUGCUGACUUGGCUGGUCAGGUAGUCUCUUUCUUCCCCAGUGGUCCGAUCUGGUUGAACUGGAAGUCUCAAGUCAAGCCGGACCAAGAGACUGACUUCAAAUCCUGGAAAGAGCUCUUUGGUCCACAUACGACGCUGGGGGUUCCAUCUUCCAGCCUGGUCUCUAAUAAUCUCUCUCUGGGUUCUUCUUCCACCGAACCAAUCAGCGGAUAUGGACCCAUCAAGCUAGAUCCAACCCGGUCAGCUUUCAAAGCUGAAGAUAUCAUCCUUCUCACCGACGGAUACUGCGCAUCUACAUGCACGAUAUUCUCCGAGCUCAUGAAAGCCGAAGGCGUCCGCACAAUCGCAUUCGGCGGCCGACCCCAUAAUGCCCCUAUGCAAGGGAUGGGAGGCGUCAAGGGCUCUCAGACACUUCCACUCACUACAAUGAGCAAACUCAUGGAACAAGCAGCUUCCCUUAUCAGGGCCUUUUCUAACUCAUCUGAGCCUAUUGUCGCCUCGAAGGAUAUGGACCACUUCGAUGAUAUUUUCCCUAAACCUCUCGAAAAAUUCCCCCUGAACCUGACUGAAGGUGCAGUAAAUCUGAUGAAUGCAUUUGGUCCUACGAAUGAUAGCUUGCCUCGCCAGUUCAUAUACGAAGCGGCGGAAUGCCGCCGCUUUUUCACCCUGGAUAACAUUCGCGCGCCGGAGACCUUAUGGGCAUCGGCGGCGGAUGCCAUGUUCCAUGGUGGCGAGUGUGUCCUGGGGUCGAUGAAUGGCACCGGAAGCUUGUGGCCGAAGAAGCCAUCCAUCUUUGAAAAGCUGCUCGGGUCUGGUUUGUUGGAUAAAGACCAUUAA